AUGGCAUCCAAAGCUGAAUUAGCAUGUGUUUACUCCGCUCUCAUCCUAGUUGAUGAUGAUGUUGCUGUAACUGGUGAGAAAAUCUCCACCAUUCUCAAGGCGGCGGCCGUUGACGUCGAACCAUACUGGCCAGGACUAUUUGCCAAGGCUUUAGAAGGCGUGAACGUACGAGAGCUCAUCACGAAUAUUGGUUCCGGUGUGGGUUCUGCACCUGUGGGUGGAGCGGCGCCUGCAGCUGCCGCCGCUGCUCCAGCAGCUGAAGCGGUUAAGGAAGAAAAGAAAGAGGAAGAACCUGAAGAGUCAGACGAUGACAUGGGCUUCGGUCUUUUUGACUAA